ACUAUAAUAAGUUUAGUGGUCACAAAAAGUGUAAGUGUAAUAGUAAAAUGGAUCAAACAGUAUUCCGUUACGACGCGGAUCCUGGAUGCGUCUCUCAGCAGAGUCGGAGUGGUGCUUUGGCUGCGCUCACCCUACUGAGUAGCUACAAUCAGCUACUGGCACCAACUGAUGUGCGUGGUACAUUGGGCGGGCUGCUGUCGGCGCUGCCGCCGCCAUGCCUCGCUGGCUGCUGCCGCUCCCACGCGCCGCUCACCGCGCCCAGCGCGCCCCUACUGAGCCCGGUUUCAUGUGAGGGGGAGGUGUACCGCCGCCGCGGCGAGAAGCGGCCCAUCCCCGCCGAGCUCAAGGACGAGAAGUACUUCGAGCGGCGCCGCCGCAACAACCAGGCCGCCAAGAAGUCACGUGACGCGCGACGCAUGCGCGAGGACCAGAUAGCGUGGCGCGCAUGCGUGCUUGAGCAAGAGAACGCAUCCUUACGCGCGCACAUCGCCGCGCUGAGGCAGGAGGCGCUCGCUCUGCGGGCUCUGCUCACUGCGCAGGCUCCCCACGCCGUGCUCGCUCACCCGGCGUCGCACGCGCAACCCGCUCCUACAUCCACCACCAGCGAUUAGAACAGACUUUCUAACAUAUAAUACUU